AUGGUAGAAUAUGAUGUUAUUAUGGGUAUGGAUUUGCUGGAUUCUUAUUAUGCUACGAUGGAUUGUUGGAAGAAAGUUGUUCGCUUUAACUUUCCGGGAGAUCCCGUUAUCGAAAUGAAGGGAAAUGUGGCAGCACCAAGAGGGAAGUUAAUUUCUUACCUGAAGGCUCGAAAGAUGAUCAUGAAAGGAUGGUUCUAUUAUUUGGUACGGGUGCUAGAUGCGGGUGCGAAGUCCCCAACCCUUCAAUCGGUUCCAGUUGUUAGUGAAUUUCCUGAUGUGCUCCCCGAUGAGUUCCUGGGUAUUCCACCCGAGAGAGAGAGAGAUCGACUGAAUAAGGUGACCAUUAAGAACAAGCUUCCGCUCCCAAGAAUUGAUGAUUUGUUUGAUCAGUUACAUGGCGCUAAAAAAAUUUCCAAGAUCAAUCUCAGAUCUGAGUAUCAUCAGUUGAGAAUCAGGGAAGAAGAUGUUCUGAAGAUAGCCUUUCAGGCCAGAUAUGGCCAUUACGAGCUUCAUGUUAUGUCCUUUGGCCUAACCAAUACACCAACAGCUUUUAUGGAUUUGAUGAAUAAGGUAUUCAGGUAUAUUCUUGAUCAGAAGCAGAGCAUGCAGAGCAUUUGCGAAUGGUUUUACGCACACUCCGGUUUCACUAGUUGUACACCAAAUUUUCCAAAUGCGAGUUCUGCUGCUCCGCUAAUGAAGUUGAUGCAUAAGGCGGAAAAAUUCUGGUGGACCGAUAUUUAUGAGAAGAGCUUCCACGAGUUAAAGGAUAGGUUAACCUUUGUGCCAGUUCUAACUCUUCCUGAACGGCCCCAGGGAGGUGCCCAGUUUACGACCAACUUUGAGAGAUCAUUUCAAAGGGGAUUGGGCACGAGAAUCAACCUUAGCACAACUUUUCAUCCACAAAUGGAUGACUAUAGAAAAGGUGAAAAUGAUUUGAGGUCAUUUAUUGACCAUUCAAAGCAGGCAAAAGUCUUACUCCGAUACCCGAUGAUGAGAUUUGGAGUUUGCCGUGGGAGACUGGGUAUUCCUAAGGGUGUCUUCUAUGAAAGGCGUGAUGAGAAAGUCGGUCAAGUGGCUUAUAAGCUUGAGUUGCCCCAGGAAUUAGAAGUAAAGCAUCUGGUAUUCCACAUGUUUAUUCUCCAAAAAUGGUUGAGUGAUUCAUCUCGUAUUACCCUUAUUGAAGAUAUUCAAGUUACGAAGGACUUAUCUUACGAAGAAGUCUUAGUAGCUAUCCUAGAUCGUCAAGUGCGUAAACUGCGAACCAAAGACGUUACUUCAGUUAAAGUAAUUUGGAGGAACAAUAAUGUAGAAGAAAUAACCUGGAAAGCUGAGGAAGACAAGAAAACUAGGUACCCCCAUUUGUUCCAUGCUACAGGAGGCAACAAUUAG